AUGUCAAAGAAAAAGUCAAGUUUAGGUCGUCAAAAAAUCCCAAUUGAAAAAAUACCUAAAAAAAGUCAUUUGCAAGUUACAUUUUCUAAGCGUCGUUCAGGACUCUUCAAGAAGGCAAGUGAACUUUGCACUCUUUGUGGAGUGGAGAUUGCAAUUGUGGUUUUCUCUCCGGCUGAUAAGGCAUUCUCUUUUGGUCAUCCAGAAGUUGAGUCUAUUGUUGAUCGUUAUUUGAGUCGAAACCCUCCACAAGAUUCUAGUUCUCACCAACUUGUUGAGGCUCAUAGAAAUGCUAAUGUUCGAGAUCUCAACAUGCAACUAACUCAACUUCUUAGCCAUCUAGAGAUUGAGAAAAAGCAAGGAGAAGAGAUAGAUAAUGUGAGGAAAGCUAGGCAAAGACAAUUUUGGUGGGAAAGCCCUAUUGAUGAGCUUGGUUUGCAAGAAUUGCUCCAAUUAAAGGUCUCUAUUGAGGACCUAAAGAAGAAUAUUGGAAAAUUUGCUAGCAAAUGCAUGAUAGAACAAACCAACUUCUCUUCACCAAAUAUUGGAGCUAAUGGAUUUGGACAUUAUGAUGCCUUUGAGAACAAACCGGGUGUAGGGAUUAACAUUGCUUCCACAUUUCCUAAUGCCUAUUAUCUUGGUUUUCGACAUGGAUAUCUUUGA